AUGAAUAGCACCCGUCGCCGUCGACGCGGCGCCGUCUCGCUGCUGUCUAUCUUUGCUGUGUGCUUAACACUCACGCUCGCGAAUGUUCUCCUGCUGCCUGGCCGUCUGCCGCCGGCGUCGCCAAACCCGCGAAGAGAGGCGGCCCGAUGCAACGCCGCGUUGCAGCUGCCUCGCUGCCCAACGUCGACGCCAUUCCGCCAAGUCCUCAACUCAAGGCACACGCUCCACACCGACGGGAACUGGAGCCUCGCCGGCCUCGGUGACGGGCACCAUAUUCACAUCGGCUCGCUGCUCCGCCACAUCGCUCAGCGCAGGAUCCAGCCGGUGAGGGUGCCGGCUCACCUCAUUUGCCAUAAAGGGAUGACUCGGCCGUCCGACGCCGCGGGUCCGUUCGGCCUUCCCGAGGUCAGUGGUAAGGGGGAGGUCGGCGGGUCGCUCCUGCUGCCCGGCGGGCCUGCGCAUGCCAGGGACGCGUCGCAUGACGCCUCGGCGAUGGCCAGGCGGUUUGCAAAGGUGUGCCAUCGCCUCGAAGACGAGAGCCGGAUGGCGCACGCCUGCGUCGGCGUGCCUGGCAUCCUCGCCCGCACCGGGUACACGUGGCACAGCGGGUUGGGGGCUCGGUCGGAGGCCGAGACAGGCGAGUGGGUCGAGGAGGCGGCAGGGAACCCGUGCGGCCUGCCCUACCGCAUGCUCGACGGCGCGCACCGGCUGUGCAAGUUCAAGGCGGAGCUCCUCCGCCACCACUUUGGGAAGGCGCCGGCACACCGCAAAAACCCCGAGGCUCCGGCGGGGCAGGUGGCGGACGGGUGGGCGUCCGAGCUCGGGGCGGCGUUUGGCCUCCGCCUGUCUACGACGGAGAGCAUCCGGGCGGCGAGGCGCUGUCGACAAGCCCUCGCCCGCAACCGCACCGCCACGGCUUUCUACUACGCCUACGGCUUUUCGACAGCAGAGGAGGCCGCUGACGGCGCCUCGGAGAGCGCGGCGAGGCAGAGGUGCGAGGAGGAGGGCGGCCUGGCGUUCGGCGCUGUGCAGCCGCUCUUCUCGCACAACGUCCUGCCGCUCCCCAUCGUCGCGCUCCGGGCGAGCAAAUACGCAAAGAACUUGCUCAAGCAGCGGAAGAAGUUUCGGGUUCCGGCCGCCCUCGACGCCGCCGCGACGGCCGCUGCGUGCUCUCUCGAGCUGCGCACGUGGCGGCACGGCGAGUUCGCCUCGUCCGCCGUCACGGAGCGGUUCGAGGGUGCGGAGCUCGGCGCCGACGAUGGGGCCGAUGACGGCUUCUCGCUCCAGGAUGCCCAAACGAGACCCUCCGGCGGUGCCGCGGGCAAGGAGCGCAUCGCGCAGCGACGGCGGAACGGCUGGUGCUCGCAGCCGAACCGCACCGACGCGUGCACCGAGGCGGUCCGGCGCUACGAGGUGGCCGAGCACAGCGGAGCAGGCGCCGGCAGAGCAGGCGCCAGCGGAACAGCACCGGAGGGGAGCCCUGCCGCCGCGCUGCUGCCGCUGCUCGAUGCGGCGCUGGGCGUUCUGCGGCUGCUCACUCAGCGCGUGCUCGCGCUGCUCGAGCAGGCUCUGCGCCUGCCGGAAGGCUUGCUUCUCGACGCGUUCAAGUACUCGCUCACCUGCUCCGCCGGCGACUUCGCCAACCAAGCGGACGGCGACGACCACGCGCGGGCGGACGCGGGCGGGCAGGGCGGUGGCGAGGAGGAGGCCACCGAGUGCAAGGGGAUGCAUGUCAAGAUCAACCUGUACCGCAUGGCGGCGGACUUCAGCCGCGGCCACGGCGAGCCUCCCGGCGAUGACAUUGUCCAGAUUCGGCCGCACGCCGACUUGGGCCUGAUCACCGCCGCACCGCUCUCGACCGUGCGCGGGCUUCAGGCGGUGACGCUCGGCGGCGAUGGGUGGAGGUGGACGGACCUCGAGCCUCGCUCGCGCGCCGGCGAGGUCGUCGUAUUCGGCGGCGGGCUGCUCGCUUGGCUGACGGGCGGGGCUGUGCGGCCUCUGCUCCACCGGGUCGUGACGUUUGCGGGCGGCGAUAGGAUCUCGAUGCCCCUAUUCGUCAAGCCCGCCGCCGAGACCGGCAUCCAAGUGGCGCGCAGGCCUGACGGCUGGCGCGAACUGCAGCCAGCGGACUGGCGGCCGGCCGGCAGCGGGGUCUCGUUUUCCCACGACCGAUACCUCGACUUGCAGCGAAAGUACGAGGUGACCCGAUCCGCAACAAUGCACUGUGCCGCCAAGGACAUCGGCAACUGCUCAUUGGCGCAGGAUGAGGGUAAAGCCCGAUGA